CAACCUGCCAAGCACAAGAUGCCGUCAGCUGCUCAGCACUCCAUGACACAUUUCUGGGAAGUUUCUUGAAACACAAUUGUCAGAUAAAUUGAACUCUAAUUUAAAAAUGCACCUUUCUAGGAUUGCAAAGUGGUUUCUAACUCACCUAGACUAGUGCUAUCCAAUACAGUAACUGGCAAUGUGUAGCUACUGAAUACUUAACUGUGGCCAGCCCAGCUUGAGAGGUGGUGCAGGUGGGAGGCACAUCCCAGAUCCUGAGGCCACUGUGAGGGCUCACUGCUAACAUUUAUGCUCAUUACAUGAAAAAAAGAAUAGAAUUAACCCCAGCACUGGGACACUCAGACAGAGGAUCACUGCAGGUUUGAGGCCAGCCUGGGCUAUACAGUGAGUUCAAGGCCAGCCUGCAGUGCAUAGUGAGAUCAUGCCUCAGAAAGACAGAAUGAAAGAAAGGAAGAAAUUGGACCUACUGAAUUAAAUGGAAUAUAUUUCUAAUUUUGCUUCUUUUUCUUUUUUUUCUGGUACCAGGGAUUGAACUCAGGACUGCAUGCUUGCCAGGCAGGCACUUAUGCUGCUGAGCUAAUUCUCCAGCCCCUCUUUUUUCUUUUUAAUGUGGCUACUGGAAUGUUUACAUUUCCAUACAUGGUUUCCAUGACAACUCACUCUAUCAGACAGCGUGAAUGCUGGUGGAGCCAUCACACUCCACACAACACAAGAGCAGUGCUAAGCAAAUUCUGCCCGCCUGGUUGCAGAGACAUAGCAGGAGAUGUUUUUGGGAAUGCAGUUGAUGGCUACAGAGAUUGCUGCUAUGUGUUCCAGACCUCCCUGCUCUGCAAAGCCGCUAUCCACGCAGGAGUGAUCGCAGAUGAGCUGGGUGGCCGCAUCCACGUGCUGCAGCACCGAGGGCUGAGCCGCUACAAAGGAGGCCUGGCCAACGGGGUGCUGUCUAGGGAUGGCUCCCUGUCUGGAAAGCGCCUCCUGUUCACCUCCAGUGACUGCGGUGGAGCCCUGAGCUCAGACCCCUGGGUGCAGUUCCAGGCGUCCUCCUCCUGGCAGGGUGUCAGUGACACUGGACAGCCCGCUCUCUGGUCUCCUGGCCGAGCCCGACUGCAAGACCAAGGUCCAUCGUGGGCUGCGGGUGACAGCAGCAGCCACGAGCAACAACAAUGGCUGGAGAUAGACCUGGGGGAAGAAAAGAAAAUAACAGGAAUUAAGACCACAGGAUCCACACAGCCAGACUUCAACUUCUACGUUAAGAGUUUCGUGGUGAGCUUCAGAAGCAGCUCUCGAUGGAGGACCUAUAACGGAAUCAUGGGCCACGGGGAGAAGGUGUUCCAGGGCAACACCAAUUGCCAGGACCCGGUGCAGAACAACUUCAUUCCACCCCUCACGGCCAGAUACGUGCGGGUCCUGCCCCGUGCCUGGCACCAGCGGGCCGCACUGAAGGUGGAGCUCCUCGGCUGUCACAUCUCAAAAGGAGAUGAGUCAACAGAAUGGCCAGGAUCAAGUCCAGACACUGGGCUCUCAACUGAGGGAGAGGAACUACCCACGGGGCCCAACCCGACCCCCAAGGAGGAAGGACCCCCUGCUGGAGCAGGACUGAGCGUGACCACCGUGGCCACCCUGCUGGUCCUCCUGGGAGUCCUCCUGCUGGCUGCAGUGGGAGCCUUUGCAGCCUUCAGAAGGAAGAAGAAGGCAGGAAAUCCAUAUGCGUCUCCGGAAACUCGGAAAACAGGCUGUUGGAAGCCGUUCCAGCACCCGCUGGCCACACAUCUAUCAGCUGAGUUUACCAUCAGCUAUGACAACGACGACGAGGGCACAGACAUCCAGAAGGGAGACCUCCUCGCCAGUGCUUUGGAGUGUUACCAGACGCCCCUGGACGCCCUCGUCACGGACUCUGCCGCCAGGGCAGGAUCCACCUUCCGGCCCAUGGACGCGCAUGAGUACGCGCUGCCACUUACGCGCGCCCGGCCCGAGUAUGCCACACCCAUCACCACACCCCCUGCUGGAGGCCCCGCCCCCGGAUACCUUGUGCCAGCGCCCAAGGGGGACCUGAGCUACAACAGGCCUCGAGCCGGGAGUGCGGAUGACCACGCACGUGGAGGGCCGGCUGCAGUGAGCCAGGCCACGGACCACAGAGCUGGAUGAGUGACACCAUUGACGGCGCCUCCGCCCCACGCGUGACACCGAGCUUCCACGGGUGCACUGUGCGAUCUGUGGGCAGCCGUGUUUCUGUCUCGGGCGUGGGAGCGGCAUGAGCUCGCACUGUGAGCCUUAGCCCUUGCAGGGUGCCACGGAGAUGAGCACUGCACACCCCAGGGCGUGUCCUGACCUCGGGCACCGGGAGCCGUCCUCGGCGAAGCCCUUGGAAGCUUGGGAGGCACGUGGGGCCGGGCCCUCGCGACGUGGACCUGGGCCGCCCGGCCACGUGGCCCGGUGCGGACACGCAAGCCUGUGAGCAGCCUGGCGGGGUCUGAGUCCACGGAGGAGCCAUAGUGGCCUGAGAUGCGCUGUGACGAGAGCGACCCAGGCUGAGCCUAAGGGGCUCUGCUACCGAGGCGGCGGGCACAGCUGUCCUGGAGAAACGCGGCUCUGGGCCUCGGGUCUGGAGCCUUCCAGCGCCAUCGGCGGCCGCGAGAGUUCCCUCUUUCACCAAGGCGCAGCGCGCAUUUUGCUUUAUCGAGAGCGCGGACCCGAAAGUCUGCGCUGAAAGCGCUUAGCACGGAUUCCACGGUGGCGCGCCUCCGAGGCUCAGCACGGCGGCGGGCGCGGAGUGGGGCCUGCAUCCCGACCCCAUCAGGGGUUGGCGAUGCCUUCCUCCUGCAGUACCGCCCAAGCCCUCUGCUGGCCCGACUGUGAACUGCGGCUACGCCUUUUUUCGUUUCCUCCUGCUGUCUUAAGGCUGGGGAGGAAGCCUGGCUUGAUGACAGCUGGGUCCCUCCCCUGGGUGUCCCGAAGGAUCCAGCGGGGCUCCUGAGGUGGCGGACUCAGGGCCCGAGCCUGCGGAAGGACACUCACCAGACGCGAGGGCCGCAUUACUACAGAGCCAAUCAGAAACUGGAAGCUUAGCCGCUCAUUUGCAUGUAAGCACAGCUAAUCGAGGAGCACAGCUCCUGCUCACUAUGUGUAACUGGAAGCCCAGCCGCGUCUAGUUGACCGGGCUCUCACUGUGAACACGCGCCGGUGACGACUCUUCCCCACAUGUUAUUUUCGGGCAUUUUAGACAUGCAGGGUCUGUUUCCCUCGUCCUUUCUGCUAUCAUGCUGCAGAACACCCUGCUCUAACCCUUUAAUAAAGGGGCACUUCUGUCGCCUUUCCUCA